GCGUUCCAUGUUGUUUACAUCACCUCUUUCGCGUGCUGCGGCGACGACAGCACGCAGCACGAGUGUUUCGUUCACGUGCGUAUUUCGUGCAUUAUUUGAGUGUUAUUUGGAAAAUCGUGUCUCAUAAAGUUUAGAAACCAUGAAUAUCGACGCACUGCCACAGGAAUUUCCGCCGAGUAGCAUCGAUUGCAAGCGCCAAGGCAUCACCCACAUCUCGGCAUGGGCCGACAAAGAUGAAUUCCUCUCCGUGUUCAAUCGCAUUUACCAACCGAGUAAGGCCCCUCUGGAAGCGAAAACCUCCGCCCUGCAAACGCUAAAGGUUUGGAAGAUCCGACAGGGUAAACACACCCCGGUCAGUGUCCUCUGUACGAUUACGAUACUGGAGGCUCAACUGUUCGACGGGAAGAAUUCUGAGCAGGAUGGCCGUACGGGAAUGGCCAAUGAAGUUAGGAGCAUGUAUGCGGGAGCUUUCACGCGAUUCAUCAACCACCUGACGGAGUAUCGACAGCAGAGCGGUGUCGGAAAGAAAGGCAGCAUGGUCAAUCGUGUGAAGGAGAUUGGAAUCGAAGGAUUUUUAGUGGAGCUACGUCAUCUUUGCUCGCACAGUUCGAUGUCCAUUGCGGUGGAUGUGUUCCGGCGGUCAGCGGAAUAUUGCAUGAACUGGCUGAAAGCCAGCUUCUGGAAACGGGAACUCGAACAGAUGCAGAGCUGCGAGAAGAAGCAGAUCAAAGGUGUGGGAUUGGGUGAGAAGUUUCGGAGUGAACUGGAGUACAUUGCAAAAGUGUACGAUGUUGUGACGAAGGCCAUCCACAAAGGGGCCAAGUCUAUGAGUAGUGCCGAGAAAGAGUUGACCCCUGGACAGUUCCAGUUCCUCCAGGAGCACAUCCGGGCAAACAAUGUCGACCAGCUGCACACGGUUGUUUUAGAUGUGCUUCGGUACCUUUCGGACAAGAUUCAGCUGCCCAAGCAUCCGGAAACGGUCCCGACGAUUUGCAACGUAUUCCUAGAAUGUUGCCAGUACAUGUUUGAGGCUCCCGUCAAUGGGAACACCCAAGGCCUGGCUAGCAUCCACCAGCAGUUUUUCCAAACGCUGGUCGCUAAAGGCUACAUACAACUCUUCUGGGAAAAGCUAAUGGAAAUGUGCGAAGACGAACAGGAAACGCCCGAACGGCGUCAGGGAGCUAAGUUCUGGGCCACGGAAAUAGCCCUCGCAUUUCGCCUGUUGAAAAAGUUCAAAAAGCUGCUGCAAAAAAAUUCGGAAGCAACGCUACGAUUCAAUCCGAAGGAAAACGCUCGAAAAAUGAGCAAAACAGUGCGCGCAAUCUAUCAGAAUAAGCUUAGAGUGGAUUUAAACAAUACGAUCGUGCUGGGCAUGUCGGGCAACUGUCCGUGGCACCUGCGGCUUUCGAGGACCUACCUUAUGGCGCGGAUCGUCAACGUCAAUGCGUACACCAAGGAGAUUUUACCUGUUAUUCUAGCCCUGGCCGAACCCCAUCUCAAACUAUCCCAGCGGGAAACGGUCGAAGCCGCUGCCGAGAAGUACACCAUGAACUACCUGUCGACGCUGGAAGAUGGGGCGGAACCGGAAUCGGUUCAGGCUACAUCCACCCCAAAGCGGUCCGGUGCGGGCUCGGCAGUUCGACGUCAUGAUAAAAUUUACACACUGGACGAUAUUCUUCGGAAGAGGAAUUCCGAUGGCGACGAUGGGGCUUCCGCGGCCAAGAAACCGAAGCAGCUGGGUGUGUGGAAAUCUACGGACGGUGAGGACCUCGAUUGGGGUAAGUGUCCACUGGGGAAGCUUGUGUGGGAGUAGGACGGAAGAAACGCAUCAAUAAAUGGGUCAACUCGACUUGAA